UUUCAGUAUCUAAUUAUUAAAAAUAGCUUUCACAAAUAAAUCCAGCAUAAGCAGACACGGUUCUUUCAUUACACUCCCUACAAAGUUUGUCACCGAGUUAAUUUGACUGGGGAAAUAUUAGAGAAGACGCACUCCAAGCGUCAAGUAUGAGCGCCGUUCACAGUAUUCCAAACAAGUUUUCAAAUUAAGGGGCCUGGGUUUUAAUUACAGCACUUAAAAGAUAAAGAACUAAAACAGACUAAGACCAGUGACAUUUUACACAGCGUUUAAGGCAAGCAGGUUUUUAACUUCCCAGCACAAAUAUCUGGAAUAUCAAUCGCAGUUGCACCCGAUUUAGCCGUGUUUCUGUUGCACUGAAACAUAAACGUAAGAAAAGAUGAGGACAAUUCAGUACUCAGUUCAAGACCUCAAGAAGGCCUUAAUCUCUGAAAGGGAAGAUCUUUGUAAGCUGUAUCAAAGAACAUUCAGUUCUAGAGAAAGACAUUUAUUGGAAAACUUCUUUCCUCCCGACAGCCCUCUGUUUAAGUUUAUUACUAUCCACUCCAGUUCUGACUGGAUCCCUAGCCACCCCGAGGCCAUUCAGGAUUUUGAAAAGUUUUAUACUAAUCCUUAUAGAAGCACUCCUACUGUGGGGAAGAAUACCAUCUAUGUGCAGCCCAUCGGUUCGUUUGGUGACAGUGCUGUCAGCACUGCUGAAUAUAUUCAGUGGCUGAAGGAAUAUUGUGAGGCAUAUUAUUAUGGGCUACAUGUAAAAAUCUUGGAUCCUGUUCCUGUGUCAGACACAAGUUGUACUUUUCGGGUCAAUGAUCACACACAGAAUCUACAGAUUCAUGCAGGUGAUCUGCUGAGAUACUUGAAGAAGAAGAAGCCAAGGGAUGCUUUCUGCACUGUUGGAAUUACUCUAAUUGAUUUGUAUCCUCAAGAGUCCUGGAAUUUUAUCUUUGGUCAAGCUUCUUUAACUGAAGGAAUCGGAAUCUUCAGCUUCGCCAGAUAUGACAAUGACUUUUACAGCAGCACUUUCAAAGGCAGGCUGAAGAAAACCCAGAAAUUGACUCAGGGGGACUAUUCCAUAUUCCAAAAUCACUACACUCCUCCAGUGACCAGUAUUCUUCUGUUACGAUCCUGCGGUACUCUGACUCAUGAAAUUGGACACAUUUUUGGAAUACAACAUUGUCAGUGGCUACAGUGUGUGAUGCAGGGAUCUAAUCACCUGGAAGAAUCAGACCGACGCCCAUUUGAUCUGUGCCCUAUUUGUCUCCGGAAAUUGCAAUGUGCUGCUGGAUUUAACCUUGCAGAGAGAUAUAAAGCAUUACUCAGCUGGAUUGAUAAAUCAUCUUUUAGUUCAGAUCUUCAUACAGUCUCCGGAGCUCAAUUCCAUAUCCAGAGACCAGUAGAAGCAUUCAUGGAAUCAAGGGAGUGGCUGUUGAAGUGCCUUCAAAUACUAGAGGGCUAAGCAAGAUAAUGUAUAAACAAAGAACGUGCAUUCUUUGGGAUGUGAAGUCAUUCCCUCAGAAGUGGAGAAAAGUUCACAGAGAAACUGAAUUAGUUCCAGAAUUUAUAUUGCUUUUAAAGCGGUGGACGGUGCUAGGAAUAUAUUUGCAUGGUCGGGUGUUUUUAAGUUAUUCCAAGUCUGGAGCCCAAGUUUUGGAAGUCUAGGCUGUCAAAUAAUUCUGAAGCUGGAGUGUAUGUUGAAAGAAAGUGAAUCAUUUUAUAGCUUUCUUUCUGUUUAUUACAUAUAAAGGUACAGAUGAGCAGUCUGUGCAUACUGUUAAAUCAGUUCAGGAACAUUGCAUAUAACAUUUACAGAGGUACAACAAAAGCUUGCAUGAUUUGCCUAUAGACCUGUUACUUGCCAGCAUGUAGAUUACGCUUAGCUUUGUCAUAUUCUUAUUCAGAACCUCUUGCUACACAAAAUCUUACUGUCAGUUGACACACCUUGUAACUAGAUACAUUACUCUUUUGCACUGACAGAACUCUUCUAUACUGCAGGAAGUGUAAUUUCACACGGUUUCCAAAGUGUUUAUGAUGCUGUGAAGUCCACUGUAUUUGCAUAUGAUUAGUCUUCGUUUUACAUGUCAAGUCUCUGGAUUUAUCAUGUCUUACAAAGUCUGACUAUUUGCUACACAUUGCGCACCUCACUUUGGAGAACUAAGGUUGAGGUACACACAGUAUCUUCUGAAUUUAUUUCUGUAACUACAUUCAAUGACAUCAUCUUGUAGUGCUUUCAGUUUUGGGACAGUGUCCACACAGCAUGCCAGGUCGUAUCCUUUAAAAUGGCUCAACAUAAAUAAAAAAAUGUACAUGUGUUGUUUAUUUCUUAUUGUUUUUGCAUUUUGGGGAGUUAACGCAUCACAGUACUUCAUUAAUACCACUUAAAGCAGAUCCCUGCUAAAAUUCAUGUGCAGAAGAUUGUCUGACAUGCAUUUUAAUUUUAUGCAGUAUCUGCUGUGAAAGGCUUGAAGUUCAGGGAAGAUUUUCUGGAUAAUUUUACUUACUUAUGUAGGGAUUCUUGGGAUUUCCUACUUUAAAUCAAGGAAAUUAGUUAUUCAAAAUCUAUGAUUUUCUUACAGUGGACGUGGUUGAGUUGUUUAACGUUAUUCCCCAUGAUACUGGUUUGGCCUGGUUUAAUGAUUUUUUUACUAGAAUCUUAUUUCUUUUGACCAGGAUGAAAUUAACAUCUUGAACCUGUUCAUGGAAUUGGUUCUUAAAUAUAACUUCAUCUUCCUGGAAGGGCAAUACUUUCAGCAAAACAAGGGAGUGGCUAUGGGCGCUUCUUGCUCCCCCUUAUUUGCUAAUGUUGUGCUCAUUCCACAGGAGAAGUGUUUUUUGUUUAAUCACUUUUCCAAACCACCUUGGAAGGUAUACACCAGAUAUUUGGAUGAUGCCUUUAUUGCUUGGGAGGGGGAAAUAGGUGAAAUUGACCUUUUUAUUGAGUAUUUAAAUUCUACUACCCCCAUCCUUAAGUUUACAUUUUCUUUUGAUGUUAAUUCUAUCAGUUAUCUGGAUGUAAGAUUAUUCAGAGAUCACAUCAACUACAGUAUCAUGAGCACCAUAUGUAGAAAACCUACAUCUUGCAAUAGUUUACUGCAUUAUUCAAGCUGUCACCCUGAAUUCCAAAAAUGUGGAAUUAUCAAAGGACAGUAUAUUCGUCUUGUCAGAAUGAUUUCAGAUGAUUUUUAUUUUGUGAAGAAAGUAGAAUUUUAGCUAAUAUGUUUUUUGCCAGAGGAUACCCCCCCCCCCGAUCUUGUUAAUUCAGUUAGAGCAGAUAUAUCUCAGAAAUUAAACAAGGGGGGGUAUAGUCCCCUUGAUUAAGACUAGAUUUAAUAAUGUAAAUGAGAUUUUUGAGGGGAAUUCUGUUUCUAGUAAGGACUACUACACUGCUUUUGUCAUUGAAUAUUGUGUGGAGGACCAGAAGAUAAGGGAAAUAUUAAAUAGAAACUGGUUUAUCUUUACCCUUUUCAGCAAUAUUUAAAUAGAGUAGGUGACAGACCACUAGUUGUUUACCGGAAUGGUAAAACAAUAAAAAAUUAUUUGGAACAUAAA